AUCCGGCUCGCGCGACAAACAGUAAAAACACCGAAAAUCUCAACAGCUUUGCCACAAUGUUGCACCUUCAAAGGAUAAAACUUCGGUACAGGUUUUGAUAAAUGUGAUGGAAAGCGAAAAACAGAGCACGGAGAAAGACACGCCUUCUCAGAAUUGGAAAAGUUGCAAGCUGAUUAUUGAUCCUACACUAACAAAAGGCUUGUACAAAGUGUGUCGCUUUGAUGGACAGUUUUUUAAUAUACCUGUGGAGGAUUUAGGAUUGUUUCCCGUGGACAAAGUCAGAGAUCCCCGCAUCUGCCGCCUGUGGAGCAAGUACAACAAGACUGAUCUGUUGGUUCCUAAAUUCAAGGUUGAUGAAUGGUAUGUUGGUCCUGUUCUUCCCAAAGAAGUGACUUUUUUCAGGUUGAAUGACAAUGUGAGAGAGGCCUUCCUGACUAAUAUGUGCGAAAAAUACGGGAACAUCGAAGAAGUGGAAGUAUUUUACAAUCCUAAGAAUAAGAAGCAUUCGGGGAUUGCAAAGGUUGUCUUUGACACGGUGAGAGCUGCAAAAGAUGCUGUGCAGCACCUCCAUCACACAUCUGUGAUGGGAAAUAUCAUUCAUAUAGAAAUUGAUCCUAAAGGUGUAAAUCGGACACGGUAUCUCCAGCUCCUCUUUAGUGGCCUGUAUACUCCCUGGACGUUACCAGUGGGAAGCAGUGAGCAGGCCCUUCAAAGCUUAGUUGACAACUUGCUGGACACUAGAGCCAGGCACGGACGGGUAAGUGUCUCCAGCCCUGCCAGCAUUGCCACACCCUUCUCUCUGGACACAGCCUACUCCAGCAUUUGGCAAGAUACGCCUUGCAGCUUUGGGCUUACUCCACAAUCGCAGGGAACCCCCCGCACUCCCUGCAUGACUGCGACUCCUCUCUCUCUGGACUCUUGCUACUCCAGUCUUCAUGCGACUCCGGUCCUCCAAGGGGAGCCUUCAACAUGUAAUGUUCACAAACCUUCAAGGCAUGAGGUAUGCCGUUGUGAGUCUGUGAGACAUCACAGGAGAUCUAGCCAAGUUUCAAAUCUUAGCUUCAUUUUGAAGCAUUGUCAGCCACACCCUCCAAACUCUACCUCGACACAGACUAGCGGACAUCAGCUUUCACUGUGGAGCCACAAUUCACAAUCUAUGAAUAAAGAGGCUCCUUGUGAUCUUGCAUCUCCCUUUCAGGAGUCAGGAGACACUGUUAACUCUGCUUUUACACAGUUACCUCAAAACUGCAACUCUUUAAGCAUCAUAAGCAUUAAUUUCACAGAUGACCAGCAAACCAUAGCAGUUUCUCCACACAAUGAGCAGCCAGAGAUGGGGAGUUUGGACUCUCGCAUUGAAAGUUUGCUCAUCAACAGUCACAUUACUGAUUCCACAUACCUUGGUGAAAAGACUUCAGACUCUGACGUGCACUUUCAGGACGACCCAGCUUCACCUUGCUCCACUCUUAAUGGCACCUUCUCUGAUAAUCAACAGUUUUGCACUUCACCCUCCUGUGGAUCCUUUCUAAACAGCCACCAGCUCUCCUGCCAUGAUGAAGUGAAAUCCAGUUCAGUGCUGCUCACUGAGAGUGAAGAUAAUGAAACUAAUCAAGCAGUUUUGUUUCUUACGACAAACUCGAAGUCACCCACUCCAUCUGAGUUCACAUAUUGUGAAAGGGCUCGUGUAAACAAUGAAAAGAAUGGAGAAAGGUCUCGGUUGUUAUCAAGCUCAGAGGAGCAUCAAACAGCUAAUGAGGAAAUGAAGUUUCCAGAUAAAAGACAGUCUGAAGCUCUGACAGCAACAAAAGACGUAUCUGUCCUCAAACCACCACCCACGUCACCCCUUGAUAGCGCCACUCAACAUGCUACCCCCAAAGCUCCUCCUGCUGUUACAGUUAGGUGUUCAAAUCCUCUUGCAACCCCUUUCCCCAUUCCUUCCUUUACCCCAUCAAUCCCACCCCGCUUACCAAAUGGCACCAUUCCCAUCCCACCUCCAGGUUGGAUACCACCUCCGGGUAUCCCCAUUCCCCCUCCUCCUAUUCCACCUCCUUCUUCAAUUCCUCACCUACCAAUUUUUCUGGUACCUCCUCCACCCUUAAUUGUACCACCUCCUUUGCACAUAUACCCUUUACCCACACAAUUUCCAGUAUCUGUGGACAAGGGGAAUUCUCCAAGUCAUAUGAGCACACCAUUUUCAUUGCCUCGACCACCAUGGCCCACUCCACCUUUUCCUAAGUUUAACCCCUUUGUGCCACCACCAGACCACUUGCUUAUCCAGGAAAACCCCCAUAAGAUCACAGCAGAGAAAGUUUUACAAGUCCUCUUGGAUGAGCUGAAAUUCAUCAUAAAGAAGGAUAUUACUCGUAGAAUGAUCGAAGGGGUUGCUUUUAAAGCAUUUGAGAACUGGUGGGAUUGUCAGGAGAAGAAAAGAAAGAUACAAGUUUCUCCUUUGAAAAGUGGAACACCAAGUGUUGGGGAGAGUUACAAACUCACAAAUCCCCUCAGUCGCAUUAAUGAAAAGAGCAAAAAACCUCCACUGCCUUCCUUCAAGGUAAAAAGGAAACGAACUGAAGUCGAAAGCAGUUCAAGUUUUGCUCCUGAAAUCACUGCUUUAGAUGUGAAACAUGGAGAUGACAUGGUGAGAUCUACAUCUGCGAGAACCAAACGCAGGCACACAAGACCACUAGAGCUCGACAGUGAUAAUGAUGAAGGAAAAGAAGAAGAUGAUACACUUAAAGAUAACAAUCUGAUAUCAGACCAAGUGGAAGCAGUUGUAUCAGUUGCUGAUGAGCCUCAGGUUCUGUUUAAGAGAAACAGUCAUGAAGAUGGUGAUGAUGCUAAUCAGCGAUGUGAAGAAAACAUAUUGAUGCAAGAUAAGAUGGAGGAUCAAGAUGCUAUCAUCUGUCAAAGUACUGACAGAGAACAGUGCUUAGACAAAGAGAUCCUUUCUGGGAGAAGCUCCUCUGACGAAAGCGAGUACUUAUCAGACUUGGAUUCUUCUGAUUCGUUGUCCUCAGACAGCUUUGGGGGCUCACCCUCUGACCUCAGCGACAGAGAUGAAGAUAAUGAGGAUAACAGUGAAGAGUGUAUUGUGAUAUCGUCAGAUGAAGACUUGGAAGAGCUUGAGCCCCCUCCAACCCCCUCUGCUCCUCUGACCCCUGGUGCUCAGCUGGAUCUAGACCUGCAAGACUGGUUAGAUAAGCACCAUAAGGAGGAAACAGAAGACAGCCAUACAUCCUGCCAGCAAGCCUGCAACUUGGAUACUGUGAUGGAGCUUCAACUUAGAGAAAUCCAGCACCUACAGCCUACUUCACCUAUAGGACUUGCAGUAGAGCCAGGACUUGAUGUGGAGUUGGGGAGCCCUGAAUGGACAGCAGAGUCUCUAGAGAACAUAAACAACUAUAUCAGGCCUCUUACUCCAACUGGCUGCUUGGUGGAUAGCGACCCUGAUAUUCUAAUAAAAAGUAAACCAACUUCUCCUGUUGUGGAGGAGGUGGAGCGACCACCAACACCAGGCAAGGGGCUGGAAGCUGAAUUGAUAAGUGCAGACUCAGAUGAAGCCAAUGAAGUCAUCUCCCUCUCUCCAGUCUGCAGUGAUCUUUGUCAGGCCUCCCUUGAUCUCUUGCCUGCCUCUCUUCCAUUACACAUGGAGCUACCCAGAUCUCCUGGGAUGGAGGAAAGAAGGCUUUGGACCUAUUACAGUUCUGUAAGAGCUCCACCAACUCCUGGCAGAGGGAUGACAAUGUUAGAGUGUAGCACAGUGAGUCCACUUCUCAGCAGCCCUCCAUAUGUUUUGCAACCAUCAAGCAAUCCAUAUAUUACACCUCCCAAGACUCCGGGAAGAGACAUUAUCUUACCCCGAAGAGCCGUAAUCCACAAGAGGAAAACCCAAAUGAUGACAAAUUCAGCACCUUCGUUAGUUAACUUUCUCAGAGGUUCUCCCGUCACCAUCUCCUCUUCAUGUAGUGACUCUGAAUCUUCAUCUCACACUGCUGAUGGUGGUGGUGAGGUCAUCAGUUCAGAUGUAAGAACAAAGCCCUUGCAGGGACUGGAGAAUAUGCCUGGCCUUUUGCAUGAGGAAAACAUUUUACUGAAGAAAAAGUUGUGGAGGAGGCUGAGGCAAAGCAGGAAGGCACGUCAUCGGCAGAGAUCACUUAAAAGAAUGAGCUGUUUCCUCUCUGCUAGCUGUCGUCCGCACAGGUGGCGUUCACCUUCCGAGGAGAGGAGAAUCCUUCAUAGUGUUUGGAAGGAAGGCCUGGAUGAAGAAGACGCCAGACUUCUGCAGUGUGCUUAUGAAAGACUGCAGGAGCAGGAUAAUGGCACUGGGUGGCUCAGGGACACCCUAUGGAUACCCCACCCUUUGACUAAGAUCCCAGCAGAGAGGAAUGAGGAACACAAGUCCUGGCAGGCGAUCCACAGGACCGGUUGUGCUCGCAGUGAAGGGUUUUACAAAAUCAGCAGGAAGGAUAAAAUGAAAUACUUCAGCAGCACAAAGCUGACUACUGAUCCAACGUCUGCCAGUGCCCAGCCGGGAAUGUGCAUCCCAUCCCAGCAAUUCUCACAGCGGGCUGGAUCUGACUUCAGGUCUGAACAGCGCCGCCUGCUGUCCUCCUUUAGCUGUGAUAGUGACCUGGUUAAGUUCAACCAGCUGAAGUUCCGAAAAAAGAAGAUUUGUUUCAGCCGAAGUCACAUCCAUGAGUGGGGCCUGUUUGCCAUGGAGCCUAUAGCAGCAGACGAGAUGGUGAUUGAGUAUGUAGGCCAAAUCAUCAGACAGGUCAUUGCUGACAUGAGAGAGCAGCGAUAUGAGGAGGAGGGCAUUGGAAGCAGCUAUUUGUUUCGUGUUGAUCAAGAUACCAUCAUCGAUGCUACUAAAUAUGGAAACUUAGCCAGGUUUAUCAACCACAGCUGCAAUCCCAACUGCUAUGCAAAAAUCAUCACUGUGGAGUCUCAAAAGAAGAUAGUGAUAUACUCCCGGCAGCCAAUAAGCAUCAAUGAAGAGAUUACGUAUGACUACAAGUUUCCCAUUGAGGAAACAAAGAUUCCUUGUUUGUGUGGCGCAGGUAGCUGCAGAGGGUCCUUGAACUAAUGUCGACUGAAGCGGACUGUUUGGAUCAGUAGUCAAAGUGGCCUUAAAUAAUGUACAACUAGAACAUGUCUGGAGCCUUUACAGGAACUCAUGAAUGCACUGCAUUUAAUCAUGACUUAGUAAACUAUUAGGUGCACUUAAGUCAUGAAUGGGACCAACCAUUUGAAUCAUUACUUUGUCUAGUCAGGCUAGGUUUGAAAGAUAAUGUACCAUGUGUAACAUCUGGUAAAAUGUCUUAAAAUAUUACAAAACAAUACAGUUACUCAUAUAUGACAGUUAAAAGUUAAGACAUUCAAGGUCUUUAUUUUAACAAAAGAGGAAAAUUACAGGAAAACGUCCAAAUGAUAGUUAAGUGUUUUCAUUAAUGAGAGCUGUCAUUGUCUUUUGCUUGAGUCAAGCUUGUAAAGAUGUUUUUCUGUUUAUGUUUUAUAAGAAGAAAACUGCAUUAUGA